GCGCUCACUCCCUUGACCUCGUGUCCAUAUGAAUUAAUAUUUAUAUUCAACUUGUCACCUGCGUGGUCACCUGAUAUUACACGCCUGCUUUCACUCCACUGUCGAUCUCAUCGUACGAGAAUGAUCACGAUCAACCUGGCAGCAUCGCCCACCAUUGCAUCCGUUCAGCUGUUGUCCCGAACGCUUCCGUCAAAUGGGCAACUUCAGAUCAUCCCCGCCAGUUGAUACGUUCCAGCUGUAUGAUCUCCGUGUCGAGGUUAUAUGCCCGCCAGGGGAACGUAUACUAUGUGGAGCGAAAGAGGGUGAUCAUUUUAUCCUCGAAGGAGAGAUGCUUCAUCUCCCACCUGGACAAGCAUUUUCAAUUUACUCGCUCACAGCUAAGCAGCGCGUCACCCACCCAAAUGAUUGGAUGAGCACGGAUGCCGAAGUUGCUUGUCCCGACCCAAAUUGCAAGUCUAGGUUGAGAAUCUCGAGGACUGGAGUUAGGACAUUCAGCCAUGCUGAAGUUACAGUUCUUCCCCUCACACCCCAGGGCUACGGUCAGGCUAGCGCUGAGCCAGCGCUAGUAGCGGCCUGAUGAAAGACGAAGAAAGUUCAAGAAACGGCUAGAUAGCUGCACCUUUUUUGUAGGUUUAUCACUGAUCAGAGUUGGCUGUGGACCCUUUGCAAGUAAUUGAUAUACACUGGGCACUAAUGCGCAGGCCUGAGGAUUUGCCUUGAAUAUUUAGAUCGCUACUUUGUGCCUAUGAGCUGUGUCUUUGUGACAGUCACGCGUAGACAUAGAUGAACAUGCCACGAGUCUCCUCAAAGUCUCUCGUGCCAUAUCUCCAAG